AUGGACGAUUUCAUCACCAACAGCACCAAGAAAUCAAGAAGCAGUGGGAGCAGAUCCUCUACAAGGAAAUCCCAUCGCACUUCUAGCAGCAGCAGUCCAAAGAGGAGCAACAAUGAACUGCGUCGAACCAAAAAAAGCAAAGAAGAGCAGGAGGCCAAGGAUAAGGCUCGUGCUGAACGUGACAGUGGUGUAUCCGGGACGAAUGCCAUCGAUCACACUGGUGCUGUAGCAGGCAAAGGUCGCAGCAACAACAAAUAUCGAAGUAGCAAAAGAAAAAGCCAGCAAGAUAGAGUGGUACUAUCCAAGGAGGAUGCUGCCGCAAAGGCAAAGAGACUCUUGAAUCGAGGAGCACACGACGAUCUUGCAACUGGACCGAUGCCUGGUGCGCAUGCGGACUCUCGUGGAUCCGAAGCCAAUACCAAAGACUCCAAAGCUUCUGGAAAGGAAAACACCAGCAAGGGAAGCAAGAAAACGGAAGACGAGGCCAAGGUGCCGGACAGUGCCGAUGAUAUCGACCAUACGGAUGUGGUAGAACCAAUCCAAGCACGAAACAGAAAUCGAACAAGCAAAAGAAGAAGUCAGCAAGAUCGAUACAUCAAAGAUACUGCUGCAAAGGCGAACAAUCUCAUGGAUCGAAUGAGUGAAGCCAUUACUGGACCAAUGCCUGGUGCACAUGCAGAUUCUCGCGGAACUCAAGAUGCAAAAGAAAAGAGCUCUGGAAAAGAACGAUACCGCAGGCCUCUGGGAACCCAAUCAGUGUUUACGGUGGAAGAACGAGCGAGGCUUGAAGUUGAUAAGGAAGAAAAUAUGGAUGGACUAGUGAUGGCUAAUGCUGUCGACAGCCACGAUCCCGAUCUUGCUACGGCACUACUCAAUUCAAUGCUAGAUCAGAACAACAACACAAGUGGUGCUGCUGCUUCGAAAUCGACGAACACGAUGGAUAGACUUGUGAUGGCCAAUGCUGUAGACAGCCAUGAAUCCGAUCUUGCUACGGCACUACUCAAUUCAAUGCUAGAUCUUAACAAUGAUGCAAGUGGUGCUGCCGCUUCGAAAUUAUUGAACAAGUCCAUGGAUGGAACUGCGUCUGAUGAUAAUUCAAGCAGAAAGAUAAGAAAAAAGAUUGAAGAAUCGAACGGAAGAGACUGGGAACGUCUCAAGCAGAACAAGAGUGUUCGAAUAUGUUGCUACCUUCUUUGCCUCGUUGUCCUUGCAAUCGGCGCUGUUGCAGCUUGGCUUGCAAUGCGUAACGAUACAUCCAAUGAACCUUCGUCACGAGUCGGUGGUAUUCCAAUCACAGAGAAUGUAACGAAUGUGCCAGUCAACACAGUCUCACCAACUCAAGAUUCUGUUGCGAUUGAAAAUCCUUUCACAAGUGCAUCUCCUUCCGGGCCUCCUACUACUAGUACCAACAUUGUGGUUGCGUUUGAUCCACCAUCGACAGAAGACUGUGCCGCCAUUGCUGGUGGAAAUGCAAUACAAGAUCAAGACACAAUGCCGGUACAAAGCUACCAGCUCGAUCUCGAUGCGACGCCGUUUCUUCCCAUGGAUCUGAGCAUUUCAGCCGGUAUCAUUGAAGAUAAACUCAGAGAAUUGAUGGCACCAGCACUUACUGGAUGCAAUCGAAUUGUUCGAAAGCUGCGAUACCAUCGCCAUCUGGAUGGUGGUGCGUUUUCAUAUGCAAUCGGAAAUGUGGCAGUUGACGCUUCUGGAGUCAAAGGAGUGCAAUGCUUGGAUGUUUCGAGCCAACGAUGUCAUCGAGUCAGUGUGGCACUUGAUGUUGUGGUAAAAGAUGAUUCAGUGAAAGUUGUUGAUGUGAUUGGUGAACUCAGUACCUUUUUUGCAGGUGGUCUCGUGAUCGAGAAACUUGAUUUGACUGGGCUGUAUGAGAGCAUCAUUGUUGUGAAUCUUGGGUCUAUGGAUCCAACAGAAUCUCCAAGUAUCAGCGAUGCGUCUCCUUCAGCAGAGCCGACCAUAUUACCACCAUCUGAAACCAAAGGACCAAGCGCAAAUCCAACAGGAUACCCAUCCGCAGAACCAAGUAUUCCACCCACGUUUUCUCCCGUUGUAGGCCCUACCCCUGGACCAACACCAAUUCCUACUCCUGGACCCACCCUAUUUCCUACUCCAGGACCUACAUUAUUUCCUACUCCACGACCUACUCCAAGACCGACAUUAUUUCCUACUCCAAGACCGACGUUUUUGCCUAUUCCAGGACCAACGCCAGCGCCAACACCUUUGCCAACAUUCGCUCCAACCCCUGCACCAACUCCACCACCAACCCGAGCACCAUCACCUCAACCAACAUUCGCUCUAGUGGGUCCCACUCCACCGCCUACAGUACCUCCCACUCCUCGACCUACGCCAAACCCAACUCCUGGACCAACUCCUGGACCAACUCCUGGACCGACUCCUGGACCAACGUUUUUUCCAACCCCUGGACCCACUGUACCUCCGACACCUGGUCCUACCUUGCCACCAACCCCUCCGCCCACGCUUCGACCCACGACCGCCCAACCUACUCCUGUGCCAACCCCUGCACCUCAGGCACUUACUUGUUUUCAAUCCAAUAAGGACCUUUCUGAUGCAGUUGGGAACUGGUUUCAGUCUUCUGGGUCAAAGGGAUUAGUCGAAAACACAUUUGGUCCAAUUGGAGACUGGUGUUUUGGUCCAGGUGUGACCAGUAUGUUUGAACUCUUCCGAGAUCGCACAACUUUCAACGAAGACAUUUCAAACUGGGAUGUCUCUUCUGUGACAGACAUGAGUUGGAUGUUCUACGGUGCUUUCAACACUGGAUCAAGUUUCAAUCAAGACUUGUCUUCCUGGGAUGUUUCUUCUGUGACUGACAUGAGUUGGAUGUUCUACGGUGCAUCAUCGUUCAAUCAAGACUUGUCACCCUGGGACGUCUCUUCUGUGACUGACAUGGGUUGGAUGUUCUACGGUGCAUCAUCAUUCAAUCAAGACUUGUCAUCCUGGGAUGUUUCCUCCGUUACAACCAUGCAGGCGAUGUUCCUGCUUGCAAGACUCUUCAAUCAGAACUUGUCAUCAUGGGAUGUUUCUUCUGUCACUGAUAUGCGGUCACUUUUCUAUGGUGCAUACGCGUUCAAUCAAGACUUGUCAUCUUGGAAUGUUUCUUCUGUUACAGACAUGGAUUUAAUGUUCAACCUCGCAUUUGCGUUCAAUCAAGACUUGUCAUCUUGGGAUGUGUCUUCUGUGACUACCAUGAGGUUUAUGUUCAAAGACACAAGAUCCUUCAAUCAAGACUUGUCAUCUUGGGAUGUGUCUUCUGUCACAAAUAUGAGGGGGAUGUUUGAACGUGCAUAUGCCUUCAAUCAAGACUUGUCAUCAUGGGAUGUAUCUCCUGUCACAAGGAUUCAUGGAAUGUUCUACUUCGCACGAGCCUUCGAUCGGAAUCUUUGUUCGUGGGGCUUGCUCCUGUCUCCCAAUGCUAUCGAAAACGCGCACAACGCGUUUUCCGGCGCCACCAGCUGCCAAUCACAAUCCAAUCCAAACGUCUCUUCAAAUCCACCAGGUCCGUUCUGUCACUUCUGCGAUUAA